CGAGAUUUUUAGGGUAGUUUAGCCCCUCAUAACAGAAGAAAAAAAAAAAAAAAUCCCGUUGUUGCCAUAGGCAACCGGGAGGCAGCAACGAGGUGCCGGAAAGAAUUGUAGAUCCUUAAGAGUACGACGCAGGCCCUCGGAAAGGAUGGGGCAGGUCUCUGGACUGGUGCCCUCUCGUUUUCUGACGUUGCUAGCUCAUUUGGUGAUCGUGAUAACCAUCUUCUGGACGCGGGAUGACAAUAUUCGAGCCAGUUUGCCCCCCAGUUUCACUUCCGACCAGUAUAAGAAGGAGGAUUCUGAGCUGGUCACUGCUCUCUCCAUUACAUUGGGCCUCUUCCUGGUAGAACUGGCAGGUUUCUUUUCAGGCGUGUCCAUGUUCAACAACACUCAGAGCCUCUUUUCUAUCGCGAUGCAUUGUUGCGCAGCUGUGUCUUUGGCCUUCUUCGUCUUCGAGGCUUGGGAGUGCUCCACCUAUUGGUACAUCUUCACCUUCUGCAGUGUUCUUCCAGCUUUCACUGAAGUAAUAAUGUUCAUCACUGUCUUCGUGUUAAAGAAAAAAUCCUUCUGAUUCUCCUACAAAUGUGGGGAAGAAGACUGAAAAAAGCUUUACAAUCAGCUCUCAGUCCUUGGAGAAAACAUGGGAAGACUAAUGGUGACAGUGUUUGGGGAACUCAUUUGCAAUGUUUUUCUCUCCUUGGAAUUUGGACACAAUGAUUUUGUAUCUUAUGCUUUGUAAUAAAACUAAACUUUUGUACUAUAACUAAAGUUGGUGAAACAGGAACAGAGGCCAUUGGGUGCUGGCCAUAUCAUACAUAGAAAAGAAGAGCUAGAUGAACAGGGCUUGCUGGAAGAGAAACUUGGUGCUUUCCCAUCCAUGCAGGACCUUAAAGUUACUGGUGCCCCCUUUUUGAGGAUUGUGGUCUAAAUCCCAGAAACUGAGACAUGCAGCCAGUGACAACAUGGGUCAUGGGGGCUUUAAGCAAAUGAAAGUCAUGAGGCUUUUUUCCUUAUGGGAACUCUUGAAUGAAGAAGUUAAGAUUGGCUUCUUUAGAUUGUGGUAAAGAUGGAACAGUCCCUCAUUGUGUGAGGACUUGAGGAAAGGCAAUGCAGUAGAUCAUUAUAUUGGGUAGAUCAGGCUAGAAUGUUCCAUGGCUCCCAGAAAAUAUUCUUUAUUAUUAGCAAAGCUUGCCCUGAGUUGAUGUGACUUCUUCCCAUCUGUAAAAUGAGCAAUACUUAGAACCACCCAAAUUAUGUAUCAUAAUGGACAAUCCCAUGACCCUGAUUAACUGUGUGACCUUGGAAAAAUCUCUUAACCUUUUUUAAGCCUGUUUCCUCAUCCCUGUGUAAAAUGGAAUUAUUGUGAGGAGAUGGGCAAAUGGUAUCCUGUCUCCAUCAGUGAGUGAAGUCAAGAGUUCAUUUUUAUAGUAUAACCCAAAUCUUCACUCUUUCCAACAGGAUUGGAAUGAGACAUGCCACUUUAGAAGGCAAGAGUGACACUCCCCUAGAAAGGAUUAAUGGUGCCUGAAGAAAAGAUGGGAGUGAACACCUUGGGGCAAUGAAAUAGGAAUGGAAGAAACACCAUGGAAUUUGUAUUCCAAUUCUGUUCUGGAUUUGGGGUAAAUUAUUUUAUCAUUAAAAUCUUCGUUUCAUUUGUAGAAGGAAGACAUUGUCCUAGAUGAACUCUAAGAUUACUUCCACUUUUAAAUUUCUGAAUCUUAGCUUUGAAAUGAAAAUAAAUAUGAAAUUAAAACAUGGUCCUAUUUUGUCCCUAAAUAUUAAAAUAAAAGCAAAAAGAAAUUGGGA